AUGUCCAACCGCCAGCUCGCCCGCGACAUGCAGGUCGAGUUCCAGGCGCGCUUCCAGGCCAAGCAGGCCCGCCGCGAGGCCACCAAGGCCGCCAAGCAGGACCCCGUCCUCAAGAAGCAGAUCCAGGAGCUGCUCAAGCGCGGCGAGACGCAAAAGGCCUAUCAAAAGGCCAAGGUGCUUCUCGCCAAGCAGGCGCUCGCCCAGCAGAUGGACCAGAUGGCCGACAUGGCCGAGCUCUCCGCCUCCCAGAUCCAGGCCAACAACUCGAUGAACCGCAUGACGCACAUGAUGGCCUCGUCCUCGCGCGUCAUGAACGUCGCCCAGAAGAACACGAAUCCGGAGAAGACGCUGCACACCCUCGAACAGUUCAAGCAGCAAAACGAAGACUACGCCAUGUCAAACGGCAUCUACCAGGACGCCAUCACCCAGUCCACGUCGGCGCAGGUCGGCGAGGACGCGGUGCACGAGCUGCUGGGAAAGCUGGCGGACGACGCGGGCAUCGAGCUCUCCCAGGAGCUGAACAAGGCCACGCCGGCCACGGCCGAGCCCGCCGCGGCGCAGACGAACGAACCCACGGCCGAGGAGGAGGACGCCCUCCAGCAGAGACUUCGUGCGCUACGGGCGUAG